CAUUAGCCAUUACUGUAAUUGCCCAAUGUUCACAUACUUUCCUGUUACGCACUUUCUAACUUUCUAUUCUGUCAAUGCACACACGCCUACGCCUACCUACACCUCCAUACACACACCUACUUCUAUAAAGUACGUACUACAUACAUGUAUCACUAAUGCUACUAGUAGCACAUAUAGUACCUAGUAUGGAUUUACAUUGAUGAAGAACAUUGAAGGUACCUUACAUGCUCAGGUACGUACUAGGUAUGGUAGGUAGGUGCGACACCGAUAUUUCUAUAAUCGUUAUAUUCAGAACUCUCUAGCACUUCAUCUUCACUCCUUCAUCUACCUUGUACCAUAUAUCAUCUACUUAACUACAUACUUACUCUCUCUCUGUGUGUGUGUGCCUAUGGCCAGCUCGACAUUACCACAAACAUUCGACGACAUAUAACCAUCUAAACCUGAGAUAGAUAGGUACUUGAAGUAUCUAUAACUAUCUACUCGAACUAUCUUCGGGAAGGCCCCUUGAAUGGCCAACCCACCCCCCUCUUCCUCUUCUUUCCCUCACUCUACUCACUCUAGUCACUCUACCAAUGGCAUCGACAAGUCUCGUGCCCCCGUUGUAGCCGUCCCCCUCUUACAGCCUCGCGUUGCUGUUGCUCUCGGUGUGCCUAAGCGCUGGCACCAUACUCUAUCCGCCUGUCGUCUAUUGUCCAUUGCCCCUCCCAUCUGCUGGGGCUUGCGCUUUGCUCUGCGCUUUCUAGUUGCUGAUCUGUUGCGCCUGUCUACCCAAGGCCGCCAUGGCCGUGAUAUCUCCCCAUAUACCUUGAGGCUGACGGAGACCGGCCUGGCUAUCAUAUGGUGUUGCGCCUCGGCUUACCUCGCCUUCUUCUUCACCGACUGCCUCAUGUCACGAUGGCUCAUCAACUAUACUCCGCAAGCCACCGUCGUGCGUCUCUUCACCAUUAGCUGUGCCUUUGCUUACCUGACCUCUUGGACCGUAUACUUGACGGCCGGCUCCCAGGACCCCGGCCUACUGCUUCCUGCUUGGAUUGGUAUUGCUACGAUUCUGACCACGUGCUAUCACUUUACCCAACGCAAGAUCAAGAUACGGAAGGAAACAUUUGCUAGCGUCAGCGUGUUCUCUAUUGCCAGCUUCCUCAGCAUGGUAGCCCUACUGCUACACUCACAUUCAACCAGGGUGGGAUAUCAGAACAUACCUCUGGUUGCUGUAGUCAAGUGGGCGUGCAAGGUUGCCGGACAUAUUGUUGUCCGUAUUCUUGGAGUUACUAUGGAUUUGGAUGGGUUAUGAUCGAGCAUAUUAUCUUGGCGUUUUCUUCUCGGGUGGCUGUCUACCAACAACUUCUGAAGAGAUUUGAGAGGCCCCAGUAGACGAAGUCUGGGGUGCUGUUACGAAACUAAACGUUGUCGAAAUUCGCCUGAAUAGCGGACAUUCAACAGUGUUUCCAGUAUGUCGAAAAAGUCUCUGGGCUUUGCAUAUAAGAACUUAGAAGUGUAUCUCUAAUAGUAUAUGGAGCGUUUGUCGUUUAUUUUCAUCUACUGGGUCGUAUAUAAUAGAGCCAGCUGCGUUUGCCGUCUUA